UCUCGCUUAGCACCUACCCGAGUCCUCUCUAAACGUCUGAACACCAUGGCCCCCAACCCGCAAUGCGCUGCCCUCGCCGCCGCCAAGGACAAGAAGGGAUUGUCCUACGCGCAGAUCGCCUCGCAGAUCGGCAAGCCCGAGCAGCACGUCAUUGACAUCUGCACCGGCGCGUCCACGCCGACCACCGACGAGUUCAACGCGCUCGCUCGCGUCCUCGGCAUCACCUCUGCUCCUCCCCACGAUGCCGCGCACACCACGAAGGCUGUUUGAGUGUAUUGCUGCGUAACCAGGAACUUGAAUGUACGACCACACCUGUAUAACAAUAUAUCGAGGGAACAUCGGAGCUGUAUGACAUACGUCGUUUGGAGCGGUGUGAACGCCCCCAUCAUGACAUCGU